AUGGCUCCGGCGGCAGUGGCAGCGGCGGGCGGCAACGAGGAGGAGGCGGCGGUGCGCGUGCUGGGCGGGCGGAUGAGCCCGUUCACGAUGCGGGCGCGCAUGGCGCUGGAGCUGCGCGGCGUCCCGUACUCCCUCAUCGAGGAGCGCUUCGAGCCGCGCAAGAGCGACCGCCUCCUCGCCGCCAACCCCGUCUACGGCAAGAUCCCCGUGCUCCUCCUCCCCGACGGCCGCGCCAUCUGCGAGUCCGCCGUCAUCGCGCACUACGUCCACGAGGCCGACCACUGGCCCGCCGCCGCCCCCUCCACCCUUCUCCCUUCGGACCCCUACGAGCGCGCCAUGCACCGCUUCUGGACCGCCUACGUCGACGGCACCUUCUGGCCGGCGCUCGACGCCGCGUCCCUCGCGCCCACGCCGGAGGCCCGGGCCAAGGCGGCCGCCGAGGCCCGCGCCGCGCUGCUGCUCCUCGAGGAGGCCUUCGCGGCGCGCAGCAACGGCGGGACAUUCUUCUCCGCCGGCGAGGCGCCAGGGCUCCUCGACAUCGCGCUCGGCUGCUUCCUGCCGGCGCUCAGGGCCUGCGAGCGGCUCAGUGGCGCCGCCAUGCUGGACGAGGCAACCACGCCGCUCCUCAGCAAGUGGAGCUGCAGCUUCGUCAAGGUCGACGCGGCCAAGGCCGUCCUGCCGGAGACGGACGAGGUCGUCGGGUUCACCAAGUUCCUGCAGGCCAAGUUCGGGGUUGCGCUCCCAAAUUAA